GUCUUUGUGUAGUAGGUGAAAGUCUUUGCGAUCUCGGACGGCAAGGUACACGUUUAGAAUUGUGUAUUGUAUUAGAUUUGGGAAUUAUUUUGCCUUGAAAUGUUAUCGGGUGCCAAGAUCAUUAAAAGCGGCGGCGGUGAGCCGGACGCUUUCGAAACUUCAAUUUCACAAGCACUCCUCGAUCUGGAAAUGAAUAGUGAUUUGAAGGCGCAACUUCGCGAAUUGUAUAUCACAAAGGCGAAAGAAGUUGAACUCAACGGCAAAAAGUCAAUAAUAAUAUAUGUACCAAUUCCACAACUGAAAGCUUUCCGUAAGAUUCAGAUACGCCUUGUGCGAGAAUUGGAGAAAAAAUUCACAGGAAAGAAUGUGGUCUUCAUUGGAGAAAGGAAAAUUUUACCUAAGCCAACCAGAAAAACUCGCACAAAGAAUAAGCAAAAGCGACCAAGGAGCCGCACAUUGACAGCAGUAUAUGAUGCCAUUCUGGAAGAUAUAGUUUUUCCUGCUGAAAUUGUUGGAAAGAGGAUCCGAGUGAAGCUGGAUGGAUCCCAGCUCAUCAAAGUGCACCUAGACAAGACACAGCAAACAAACAUUGAGCAUAAGGUUGACACGUUCGCAUCUGUCUACAAGAAGCUAACGGGAAGGGAAGUGACAUUUGAGUUCCCAGAAACUUAUUUGUAACAAUAUUUGUAAGACAUUAAAAUGGUUAUUUAAAAUGUGGAGAA